AUGAGCAUACGGAGAGAUGAAACGAUUACCGCUAAUAGAUUUUUUGAUGCGAUUAAAAACCCAGAAAACAACAAUUUGAAUGUUGCGCGUUCAAGGGUGUCCUCCCUCUCUUCCUUUUUCUCUACAAGUGCAACCGAUGGUGAAUCUCGUAGCAUCUUUGGUUUCCGCAAGUUUGCCAAAGCUUGCCUACUGGGUUCGGGCAAAAGCGGUAAAAGAAACACAUCAAAGAUAUUUACCGACCAGAAUGUCCCCAAUAUAACCUACCGACAGGAUAAUACUGUCCUGAACGGUUCAGAGGGCUUCUUAUAUGGAGUUUCAGGUGAAAAGUUAAGUUAUUCAAAUUAUCAACGGCAGCUGGAAAAAAAUGGAGCGGAUAAUAUCGCCAGAACGAGGCAGAUCAACUUGGGCAGUGAGGUCUUUGACUAUCAGUUAGACUCAUACGGUGUUCCUCAAAGGAUACCCGAUCUUUUCAAGGAAGAUAACGAUACUGAGAUAAAAGACUCAGUAAUAUCAAGCACUAGUUCCAACGAGGACAAACUUACCGAGGGCAAAUUUGAGCAACGAUCAAUUGUUUUAGCUAACGUCCCGCGGAGCACAGGAUUGAGCAGUAUUCUUUCGCAAGUAUGUGGGGGACCAUUAGAGACGAUACUGUUACAUAGAAGCGAGAUUGAUAGAACUUUGAUCCGAGUCGAGUUGGAUUUUUUGACCAGAGAUGGAGCGGUUUCGUUCAUGAAAUAUAGUAGAACAAACCUUUUCAAAGUCAAUGGAGUACAUCUGGUUCCAGAAUGGAAGAAGCUAUCGGAACUGCAACUGCCUCCUUUGAGUGAUGAAUUCUUAGAAGAAAUUCCCGAAGUAUGCCGUUGUCUCAUCAUGAAAAAGUACGCUAGCGGUAACAAGAAAUACAGGCAUGGGGAUAACUCGAAAGAACCUGCGCUUGAUAAUUUGGACAUAUCAGAGGUUAAAAGAGAUUUUGAGGUCUUUGGAGAGAUCCAAGAAAUAGCACCGAUUAUAUCUAGGAAGCUCUGCAUUUCAAUUAGCUUCUAUUGUGUUCAUAAUGCAAUACGUGCGAUGGAUGAAUAUGAAAACCCAGCUUCACAAUUGUAUAGGAAAUACUUCAAGACAUGGGCUGUUUGGUACGGAAAGGAUAUCACCGAUAGGCCUUGUACUGAGAUUUGA